UCCAUUAACCAAAGAACCGCGUCCUAUGGAAGCAGUAGUCUUCCGGCGACCAAGGUGGAAACGGUUUCAUCAAAUGACCAAAAACAAAAUUCUUCCAGCGAUGCAAAUAUUUUCAAGCCCGUUGAAUCACCGACGACAUUAACCAAAACACCAACUUAUGAAUAUUAUGGUUUUGCCCUUUACUUGUUAUCUUUCAUCGCGUUUGUGAUAUUUUUAUUAUGGGCAUAUCUACCAGACGAGGCGUUAAUAUCCUUAGGAAUAACUUAUUAUCCCGAUAGAUAUUGGGCACUUGCACUACCCGUUUGGUCUUUUGUCUUAGUCCUCUUCAUAUUUGUCGCGUUUAUUUCGAUAAAUUUUUUAAAUACUGCUCCGCUUGAUUCGUUUAAUACAAUAACAGAUGAUCACGCAAAUGUCGGGCAAGAUCUUUCCAAACUUUCACAAAUUACCGAUGGUUUUGUGCCAGAAUUACAUGACAUACCUAUAGGAAUAGUCAAUGCUUGUUUGUAUCAGAAGUGGAAGGACAUAUAG